AUGCAGCAAAAAUCGACAACUUUUGUUGAGCCUGCAAUAUCUUCAUCAAUUCUUACGGAUAUAACAUUCCGCUCAUUUGAAGGUCGUGUAGCUGCUGCAACUUUAAAUGCUAUAGAUGACAUGGGGUUCACAAGGAUGACAGAAAUACAAGCAAGGAGUAUUCCACCGCUAUUAGAGGGUGUUGAUGUUCUUGGAGCGGCAAAAACGGGAAGUGGAAAAACAUUGGCUUUCCUUAUACCGGCUAUUGAACUUUUGAUUCGUGCAGAUUGGAAACAGCAAUAUGGUUUGGAUUUUUUCUUUUGUAAAUGA